CCAUUCCAUGCUCCCAAGACAGCCCUGUGUCCAUUUCGCCACAACUAGCCAGUGGUCAUUUCCUUUAUCCUUAUGCACAUGACAAGAGUUGUAUGCAAGAUGAACUUCCUCCCAGGGAACCAGUUCUAAGUGCAAUGCCCAAAAAAAGUGCAUUAAAAAAACGUAGCACUAAUUCCACAGUAUCUGCGUCUUGUACAAAAACUCCAUCUUCACUGAUGUCAGUGUCGUUCACGUCAGUCAUCUCAUCAGCAUCAAGUUUGGUGUCACCACUAUCUACUCAGAACAGGAUUAAAGUAGCAAAGUUUCCCCCAGCCAUGAAAUUUCCUUUUACAAGUGACAACAAGGAGAACCAGCCCAUUCCGAUGCUAUCGUUCAGUGGAAUAGGGUUUAAGUACAACCUGGGAAUAGAUGAGAAUCUUCUUUACUGGAGAGAUUACUAUGGUGAUGAUGAAGAAGGACGUCUUGCUGCCAAAGUAGCCAGGAAAGAUUCUUUAGAAAUAAAAUUGUCCCAGCGACCUGACCGCCAGGAACUUAUCAAUAAAAACAUCAUUCAUUCUCAGACAGAGCAAGAAAGACUUGAUGUAUGGGAAGCUGUGGGAAACCAUCUCACACG